AAAUAUCAAUUAUAGUCUUCUGGUCCGACAGCUUCUUCACAGAAAAUAUCAUACAUAGAGGACUAGCUUUGGCACUUGGGUUUUCAGCAUUAACGCAUAGAGACCCAAAAAUGCCACAGACCCUAUUUUUGAAACCGUUCCUUUCAGUUCCUCUCAACAACUGGAGUAAUUCGCAUGUACAUACAAAUUAUACAGAUGCCAGUAUUCGGAUAUGUGGAAGAGUGGAGGUAGUUUGUAUGGGAAUGCUUGCACCAAGAAAGCUCUUCCAGAAAAGGAAGAAGCUAGAAGUUUUUAAAGAUGCUGCUGAUGAAGCAGAACAAAAGAACUGGAGGAGACUGAUAAAGGAAAUUGAAGAUACAGGUUCUGCAGUUUCAGUGCUCAAAAGUGAAAGGAUGAAGAACCGAGCUAUUUCCAAGGAUCUUGUUGUAGGCACCUUGGUUAGGUUUAAGCAACUGAAGAAAUGGAAACUUGUUAGUGAGAUCCUUGAAUGGCUUAGGACUCAAAACUGGUGGGACUUUGGUGAAAUGGAUUACCUGAUGCUUGUUACAGCUUAUGGAAAGCAAGGGAAUUUCAACCAGGCUGAGAGAGUUUUAAGCUUAAUUAAUAAGAAAGGAUAUGCACCUAGUGUGAUAUCCCAUACUGCUCUUAUGGAAGCAUAUGGAAGAGGAGGCCGGUACAAUAAUGCUGAAGCAAUAUUUCGAAGGAUGCAGGCUUCUGGUCCUGAACCAUCUGCUUUGACUUAUCAAAUAAUACUAAAAAUAUUCGUUGAGGGAUGUAAGUUCAAGGAAGCUGAAGAAAUCUUUGAGACCCUUUUGAAUGAAGAAAAAUCACAUUUGAAGCCAGACCAAAAGAUGUUCCACAUGAUGAUUUAUAUGUAUAAGAAGGUUGGAAGUUAUGAAAAAGCUAGAAAAUUAUUUGCACUGAUGGCCGAGAGAGGAGUACAGCAAUCUACAGUUACUUACAAUAGCUUGAUGUCAUUUGAAACGAAUUACAAGGAAGUUUCCAAAGUAUAUGAUCAGAUGCAGAGAGCUGGUCUUCGUCCUGAUGUUGUGAGCUAUGCCUUACUCAUUAAUGCUUAUGGAAAAGCUAGAAGAGAGGAAGAAGCACUUGCUGUUUUUGAAGAGAUGCUUGAUGCUGGUGUCAGACCAACGCACAAAGCUUAUAACAUCUUACUUGAUGCAUUUGCAAUAUCGGGAAUGGUGGAGCAAGCUCAGACUGUUUUUAAGAGCAUGAGAAGAGAUAGAUAUACCCCAGAUCUUUGCUCUUACACAACAAUGUUGUCGGCUUAUGUGAAUGCUUCCGAUAUGGUGGGCGCUGAAAAAUUCUUUACCAGAAUGAAACAGGAGGGGGUUAAACCCAAUGUUGUUACUUAUGGUACAUUGAUCAAAGGGUAUGCUAAGACCAAUAAUCUUGAGAAAAUGAUGGAGAAAUAUGAGGAGUUGCAGUCAUAUGGUGUCAAAGUGAAUCAAACGGUAUUGACCACGAUUAUGGAUGCAUAUGGCAAAAACAGAGAUUUUGGCUCUGCUGUUGUCUGGUACAAGGAAAUGGAAUCUUGUGGGCUCCUUCCUGAUCAGAAAGCAAAGAAUAUCCUUUUAUCUCUAGCGAAAACAUCAGAAGAACAGAAGGAAGCUAACCUACUUGUAGGACAUUUUAAUCCAUCCAACAAUGGACCAAGACUUAAUGGAGUUUCCAAGUCUGUUGAUGAGGAGGAUGAUGAAGAUGAAGAUGAAGAUGAAGAAUAUGAUGCACCGGAAUAUGCCGUUUCUUAUGAUGAGAAACAAGAUGAAAUGAAUCAUUUUGCUGGUGAUGAUCAACAAAACCUAGAAUUCCUACAUACGCCAAAAUCUAUUGAAUUGUGAAGUUUUGUAUCUUAGUAUCCAUGGUACUUUUGUAAUACUCGACAGAAAAUUAAUUCAAUCAGAUAAAUGAAAAAAGUUACUACAUUAGAGUGGAAUCAUUUGAUUGCAGAAGAUGGAAUUUAAGCAAAUGGCCCUUUUUUGCUAUUUGACUUAAAAUUUCUUUUAAUACUUGUGUAGGAUCUGUAUGAAUUUAUAAAAUGUGCUCAAUUUGGACACAUUCAAUUUUAUUGCAGAAAUGUUUCAUGGUUUCCUAGGGACAGUUAUUAAAAGCAUCUAUAAAAACCUGGUUUUUCUUUCUCAUAAGAAGAGACGGUCACUACUGCUUCAUGGAUUUGUUUCUUUCAUUGAUUAUCAAAAUUGGCAGAGCUUUAUAGCAUCUUUACAGGCAAAAGAAGAAUCCUAUAGGCCUAUUACACAAUGCACGCACACCACCAAAAAAAAAAAAAGAAAAAAAAGAAAAAGGGGGAAAACACAGUGGAGUACUCUCUGACAGAAUGCUAUACUUUCCUUUAAAAACAGUUUAAUAGCAAAGUCACUGUUUCUUUGGGG